GUUCCUCUUUGACAAUAUAUUCGUGGUAAUAGGUGAUCAGGUCUUCCAACAGUCUGUUGGAAUUCCCAUGGGCACGAAUUGUGCUCCUUUUUUAGCUGACCUGUUUUAUCUUCCUAUGGAGCAGAAUUUAUUCGAAAAAUUCUAUGUGUGACGACACAUUCUUUUGUUGUGACCUUCAAUACGACAUUUAGAUAUAUCGACGACGUUUUGUCUAUUAACAAUAAUAACUUUCAUUCAUAUAUCGAUUCGAUAUAUCCCUGUGAACUCGAUAUAAAAGACACCACAGAGUCAUCCACAUCUGCUUCAUACUUAGAUAUUUUAUUGAAAAUAGAUACUGAUGGUAAACUAACAACUCAACUUUAUGACAAACGGGGUGGUUUCAGCUUCUCCAUCGUCAACUUCCCAUAUUUAGGUAGCAAUAUCCCAUUAUCACCUGCAUAUGGUGUUCAUAUCCCCCAACUGAUUCGAUACGCAAGAGCUUGUCCUGCGUGUAGUUAGUUUUUAAAUCGGGGCAGACUACUGACAAACAAGUUGAUGGUGCAGGGGUUUCAACAGUCUCUUUUAACGUCAGCAUUUCGCAAAUUCUAUGGUCUUUAUAACGGUCUAGUUUGCCAAUACAACGUAUCAUUGGGUCAAAUGCUGUCUGACGUGUUUAACACCGAUUGUUAGGCCGUUCUUGGCACACUGAUUUUGACUACGGAUAACUCUCUAUUCUGCAUUACUUAUUGGAGUUAUGAGAUUGAUUAGUGUUCGUUAUAUUCACCUUCCAUGCUUAGAUACUUACACACACACAUAUAUACACACACAUACAUGCAUAUUUACAUAAAGGUCAUGAGAAGAAUAACUCCUAUACGCCCAAAAAGCCUACGAAUUUUCCUUACCCCGUUCCCUCAAAUUCAACUCAUAAACCAUAUAGGAACAAACUGACUUUCUCUCGAGAUUUUCUAGAUCCACAUUACAGAGGCGGAUCCAAGAAAACUAGGGUGUUGUACCUCAGAUGGUACUUUUUCCUGCCAACAAGGAAUUGCAGACCUUCAUUAUGACUCAACGUAAACUUUAUUUAGUUAAGAUGUUUCAACCGAAAUUGAGGCUAGGGGGGAAUGGUGUUUCCAAUCUGCGUUUAAGUUCUCCAGAUCGUCAAAAUUUACAAUCAUUGAUAAAUCUGGAAGACGUAGAUAGUUUUGAUAAGGAAGGAAUUGGGAAUGAUAUUUUAAAACAAACAAAAUACUAGUACCAGUUUUUCUGAAAUGAAAUAUCUCAGUUGCAGUUGUCGACACGAUCGAUUUGAGAAGCGCAGAUGUUUUAGAAACGACAACUGGUACCAGGAUAAUACGCGGAAAAAUUAUUUAUCAUUAAUGAUUAAUUGGAUAAUCGGAGAGGAAAUUUGUUUUAAAGUCGUGUUGAUAUAAAUAGCUUUGGUUUGGUGACUGAACAUGCACAAAAAUUCCACACAUGUACAUGUAUAUGUACAUAUUCAGGUUACUGUGAUAACGGACCGAAACUUGGAGUCUAUAUAUUUUUAGCAUAGUGGAGAAAGAGAGAGAGAGAGAGAGAGAGAGAGAGAGAGAGAGAGAGAGAGAGAGACAAGGCCCGGAGAAAACUGACUUGUACAGUUUCCAUAUUACACUUGAAUAAACAAUACUAAUUCUGUAUGCCGAUCCAUGAUAAUAAUCGUAUAUCACAACAUGCGAUCUGAAUGUUUUUCUAAUCCGGAGAAAAUAAACCAGUUUUCACAAUAUGAUAUUCAAACCGUAAUGUAUAUCUUAUAAGUUAUAGUAGAGCGCAUCCGUGUGUGCUUUUUAAUAUUUAGGACCUAUCAUUUUUUUCUUAAUUUAAACUAAUGUUAAUUCUUAUCAAAAAAUGAAUUUAUAAAUGCAUAUUUACAAAUGAAUUGUACCACAAAUGUCAUCUUCGUUUUCAUAUAUAGCUAGACGGCCGACCGACAUGAAUUAUUUUGUCUACCUGAGUGAAGUGUGUUAAACAUUGCAUGUUUACAUGAUACCAGGGAUCAGGAAGUGUCGGCAACGAGCUGAUUGGCUGAAUAUUACCCAAUUCGUUACCUUUUCCGGGUUCAUUGAAGUCGUGUUUAAUUCAUUGUUCAACUUUGACUUGGUUGCGCGGUCUCCUUGAAAUAUUAUCAAUGAAAAUACUCAGUGUCGGCCACGAGGGAUUAUUGAUUUUAAUGUAGAUUAGGAAACCUUCAACCAACCCGAGCGGAAAUAUUAGGGAAGUUUAAACUUCGAGCAAGUGCAAGUGACCGAAAACAAAAUCCUGAAACACUCUCAGGGAAAAAACAGAUACUUUGUUAUCUAUUUCAGUUCUAAUAUAUAUACAUAUAUAUAUAGAUAUAUUUCUUUUCUUCUUUUUCUUUCUUUUGAUUGUCAAUAUUUCUUACGAGAAUACAAAAUACACUCGGAAAUUAAUGAUCCUGUUGACUUGAAAUAAACAAAGCCACAUUGAAAGACUGGGCCUUACAUAACUAAGUGAUUGAAUAACAAAGACAGGAAAACGUAUAGAACUUCUAACAACCUUCUUUUUAAACAGAAAAAACGAGUGCGUUUGUUCUUAAUUCCCAUUACGUCAAGUGGGAGAAUCUAUUGUGGGAAUGACAAGAUCUCUCUCGUAAGGAAGGAAGUGUCAGCGGGAAAUAUUUACAUGCCUUUAAAGAUCCCAAUGUAUACCUCAUGGACCAGCUACCCACAGCGGCAGACGACAGCUCUACCUCAGCCUGUGGUCCCUGCCAGCCUAGCCAAACAUCCCCAGCAAUGGACGAAAGAGGAGGUGGCUGUGUGGCUACGGUGGUGCGGGGAGGAGUAUUCAAUAGACGCAGUACCCGCUGACAAGUUUGACAUGAACGGAAAAGCACUGUGCCUUUUAAAGAGAAGUGAUUUUAUGGAGAGAGUGCCAAAGAAUGGAGACCUAUUGUACAACGCAUUAACGAAGCUCGUCCAGAAAAAUUCAGAUCAAACGAAUGGUGGAGUAGUACUCAUAUCUCGCUCAAAUGCACAGACAACACCAGUAUUCACGACCAAAGUGAGGCCGUUUGUACCCAUACUUCCACAUCCGGCGAAUCAUAUUACAAAGCAGGAGAUACUUCCGGUCACCACAGUACCAGGGAUUCUCAGUCCUGCUCCUAGUCCUUCCGACACCGGAAGCGGAUCUGACGUCGACUCUUGCACAGAAUAUGACGAUCGAAUGACGUGUAGAAAUCCAAUGCAGGCCUCACAGUUAAAUUACAUGAAUCAGCUACGACCAACCAUUCCCACAGGUUCAGAUCUCGUCCCAUUCCUCAGAAGCAAGGAGUCAGAUUGUCGCCUGCUAUGGGAAUUUAUUUACCAGCUUCUACAAAAUCCCUAUUACAAAGAAUAUGUUUGCUGGGAAAAACUCGAUGACUACGUUUUCCGAAUCAACAACCCAACAGGAUUGGCGCAGCUCUGGGGUCACCAGAAAAACCGAACGAACAUGACCUACGAGAAACUCUCGAGAGCACUCCGAUAUUACUAUAGAAUGAAUAUCAUCAAGAAAGUCUCGGGAAAGCGACUGACUUACAAAUUCAUGCAAGCACCAUCUAACAUCCAAAAAGGCCAAAGAGGUGCGAAACCACACAGCAGAUCAAAUCUUUUAACUUCAUGUAAAGACGAGGAAGCAGAUGAUUUUGACGACGAAAUGCGCUCAGACGACACUUUAACUACAGAACUAUCUCAGACGUCAAUAGAAACCAGACCCAUUAAGCUGGAGGUUCCGGACGAUCACGAAUUCUCAAGAACGGAAACUCGGGACAAACUAACGAGGAGUAUGUCGUACCCAGGAAUGAUGCAUCUGUCGUCUGCAAACAAUACCGAUAUUAAUGACCAACCUUUUGACUUUACGAUGACAACAUUAAAGCGCAAAGAAAAAUCAGUUGACGACAGUGUUUCCUCUGCACGAAUAUGCACACAAAUAAGCUUUCCGCUGGCCAUGGACCAUAACGUCCCAAUGUCAACCAGCAGUUGACCUAUAAAGGUUACUUUGAAGAAAAAGUUGCAUGUUGUGAAUCUGGUUUUUAUGUUCGAGUGAUUGUGUUAGUAUGUGAUUUUAAUAGGUUGUUGCUCGACUACGAGAUUCUACCGGUGAAACAGUUGUGAACUCAGCAUCUGUGAUAGAGAAACAAUAAUUAUGUAUUUACGAGAGCUACCCACUACAUUGGUGGUAUAAGUGGUUUUCAACUAAAUGUAAACAAUUGCAGGUGCAAGACUCUGUUAUGCUUUUUAUAAAAUGUUCAGAGAUUUUCAUGACAAAAUGAACAUUAUGUAAAUAUUGAUAAUGUGUACUCGAUGAAUUCAACACUGAUAAUGGUGAUCGUAAAUAAAAUCACGAAAUACGAA